GUCGAAAAAGCAAUUCUCGCAUUCCCGAGUGUUUAGUUCGGAACGAGACAUGUUCACCAAAAUCAUUAGCAGAUCUGUCGGUGGUAAAACUACAAAAUGUUUCCUGGUGGACAUGUUGAGAGGACUGAGAGUUUCAGAGGCAAGGAAUGGAUUUUCUACAAUAACGCUAGAAAGCAGGAAGAGUCAGCCUGGCAGGAGAAAUAUGUCUCAGAAAAUAGAUGUAUUUUCAGAACAAGACUUUAAGAUAUUAUCGUCCUCAUUUCCUGAGGUGGUGGAUACUCUGACUGAGGUAAAACCUUGGAAUCAGGAUAGAAGGCUGGUAGAAAACCUCAGGGUAGUUUUAGAAAAAAACGUCAACUUUUGGACUAAUUCUCGUGGGGCCGCGACAAUAGGAGCCUAUAAAGUUUUGGAAAAAACUGAAAAUCUUACAGAUGAAAAUAUCAGGCUGGCUAGUAUUUUGGCAUGGUGUGGCAAAUUGUUCGAAGCAGCAAUCAUAAUAACUGAUGACAUGGUAGACAACUCAGAAACACGGGGAUGUGUUCCUUGCUGGUACAAAAAUAAAAACGUCGGUAUGAGAGCUGCAUUUGACGCCAUAUACCUAGAAAAUGCGGUAUUCCAACUACUCAAGAAGUAUUUUUCGACACAUCCUCAGUAUCAACAAAUCGUAGAAGAAUUUCACAAUUCAAAUUUUAACAUGAUGAUCGGCCAAUUGCUUGAUUGCAUUACUACCGAUUUGAAGAACUUCAAUAUGGAACAUUAUAAAUUGGUUGCUCAUGGAAAGGGAUCACAAAUGUUUUUUUUCAUUCCAAUUGUAUUACAUUUUGCGAAUUUUCCCAAAGAGUUGCGGGAGAGCGUACGUCCAAUUAUCGACAAAUUUGGGCAAUAUUAUCAGGUUCAGAAUGACUACUUGGAUAUCUAUGGGGACGCAGAAGAAACAGGGAAAAUUGGGACAGACAUUAUGAAAGGAAAAUGUACAUGGUUAGCGAUAAGAAUGAUGGAAGAAGCAAAUUACAGUCAAAGGAAUCUGAUGUUGGAACAUUAUGGAAAAAAUAAUCAAAAGUCUGUACAAAUUGUUAGAAAUUUAUAUGAUGAACUGGAAUUUGAAGAUGAAUAUAAGCAAAGAGAGUUACAUUUAUAUGAAGAAAUUCGUCAGGAUAUUUCCGAACUAUCGAAUAGUUUGAAUCAUGAACUGUUCUACAGUUUGUUAGAUGGCUUGAGAGAUAAAAAAUGGAUAGCAUAAUCAUUUGGUCCUCGAAAUAGUUUUGUAAUCCCACUUCUUUACUGAAAAACUGAUACUGAUGCAUAACCCACUUGUUCAACAACUCCUUGCAUUCAUUGUUUGAAACCCUAAAAAUAAAAAUUCAUUCACAAAAUUCUUUGAGACUUACAGUACUGAUGAUGUUUUACGAGAAAUAAAAUUUCACUAGAAAAAGAA